GCCGCCACACGGGCGGCUCCGAGCGCGCCCGGCCGAGCCAUGGCCCAGCCUGCUGGGGCUCCCACCGGCCAGCAGCCCUACAGCAACGGCCCUGUUCAGAAUCAGCUGAUGCAUUCCACAGAUGGCCAGGGAUACAGCCCUGCAGUACCAGGAUCGUACUCCCAUCAGAUGCCAGCAAAGGCUCCUCCACAUCAGUCUUCUGGACAGUAUAGCUAUAGUGGCUCUCAGAAUGUUUCUCAAUUAAACAAUUACCAAGGAUCUGGCCAGACUCUCAAUAGACCACCAGUGGCAGCUUUCUCCGGGUCACCAGUACAACAGCCAGGUCCUGUUCCACAAGUGCUGCCUGUAUUACAGAACUCAGCUGCUGUAUCAUCUGCUGGGAGCUUUCCUCCUGGAGCCAGCCCACCGGUGCUUUCAAACUGGCAGUACAGCCAGACUCCUGUGAGUCAGCCACUUGGGGCUCAAACAAGCCAUUUGGCUUGUGUGCCUGGGACAGGGUCAGCUCAGCCACCAUCAUCAGUAUCAGGAAGUACAAAUCCUGCAGGGAGUUAUCAAUAUGCUGCUUCUCCAGGGGCUCCUCCGCUGCAGAAUAGCUACAUGAAACCAGGAUCUGCGCCUCCACCAGUGACUCAGCCCUUAACUCCACUCCACCCUCCAAGGCCACCUUUAGGACUUCCACCAGUUGGUGGUCCACCCAGACCAUCAACAGCGGUAGCAGGACCACCUAGUGCACAGUUUCAGCUAAAAUCAGCUGCAAACCAAGAAGGUGAUGCCGUGUCUGCCGCCAGUGAUGGGUCUGUAGUGCAAAACAGCUACGAUGCAAUAGAAGGUGGUGGCCUCAUGGCAGCUUCACAUUAUUCUCCUACAGCCCCAAAUCUUAAGAUGAAUAGAAGUGUUGGGUAUUCGUACCCUGCCUUACCUCCAGGCUACCAACAUGCUUCUCCACCUGGAGCACCAGGAAUGAAUGCAUCUGCUUUGCAGUAUCCAGAUGGAUCAAAACAUUUCCACCAGCCUGCCCUGGGCACUAAUCAUUUAACUGCAUCAAUGGGUGGCCUGAGUCUACAGCAGGAAGGAUUAAGACCUGUGAAUCUUCUUCAAGAAAGAAAUAUUCUUCCUGCCACCCUUUUGAAGGCUCCUGUCCCCAACUUGCAUGAAGACAUCCAGAAGCUCAACUGCAAUCCUGAGUUGUUCCGCUGUACCCUGACUAACAUUCCUCAAACUCAGGCCUUAUUGAAUAAAGCCAAACUUCCUUUGGGGCUCCUGCUUCAUCCUUUCAAAGACUUAUCGCAACUGCCAGUGGUCACUUCCAGUAUUAUUGUGAGAUGCCGUUCCUGCCGGACGUACAUCAACCCUUUUGUCAGCUUCCUAGACCAAAGGAGAUGGAAAUGCAAUUUGUGCUAUAGAGUCAAUGAUGUUCCUGAAGAAUUCCUGUAUAAUCCUGUGACAAGAGUUUAUGGAGAACCUCAUAAAAGACCUGAAGUCCAGAAUGCUACUAUUGAGUUUAUGGCUCCAUCUGAAUACAUGCUGCGUCCACCUCAGCCACCCGUGUACCUCUUUGUGUUUGAUGUCUCUCACAAUGCAAUAGAGACAGGAUACUUGAAUACAGUCUGCCAGACCUUGUUAGACAAUCUUGAUUCGCUUCCUGGGAACACUAGAACAAAAAUAGGCUUCAUAACAUUUGACAGCACAAUCCAUUUCUACAGUCUUCAGGAAGGUCUCUCUCAGCCUCAGAUGCUUAUAGUUUCAGAUAUUGAAGAUGUAUUUAUACCAAUGCCAGAAAACUUACUAGUAAAUUUAAAUGAAAAUAAAGAGCUAAUUCAAGAUCUGCUGAAGACAUUGCCACAAAUGUUUACCAAGUCCCUGGAAACUCAGAGUGCUCUGGGGCCUGCAUUACAGGCUGCCUUUAAACUGAUGUCCCCCACUGGAGGUAGAAUCACUGUCUUCCAGACACAGCUCCCAUCUGUGGGAAUGGGAGCACUAAAGUCACGAGAAGAGCCAAACCAAAGAGCAGCAGCAAAGGAUAUACAUUUGACACCGUCGACUGAUUUUUACAAGAAGCUGGCUUUGGACUGCUCUGGGCAACAGGUUGCAGUGGAUUUAUUUCUUCUUAGUGGGCAAUAUUCUGACUUGGCUUCUCUAGGUUGUAUAUCAAGGUAUUCUGCAGGUAGUGUCUACUACUACCAAUCUUACCAUCAUAAACACAACCCUGUCCAGGUGGAGAAAUUGCAAAAGGAACUGAAGCGAUAUUUAACUAGAAAAAUUGGGUUUGAGGCUGUCAUGAGGAUAAGAUGCACCAAAGGUCUUUCCAUUCAUACUUUCCACGGGAACUUCUUCGUACGAUCUACAGACUUGUUGUCAUUACCCAACGUAAACCCAGAUGCGGGAUACGCUGUGCAAAUGUCAGUGGAAGAGAGUCUUACUGAUAUGCAAGUUGUUUCUUUUCAGUCAGCUCUUCUGUACACCUCCAGCAAAGGUGAAAGACGAAUUCGUGUCCACACUAUGUGCUUACCUGUUGUCACAACACUGAGUGAUGUGUACCUAGGGGCAGAUGUGCAGGCCAUCACUGGGCUCUUAGCCAAUAUGGCUGUGGACCGCUCUGUUUCUGCUACACUGAGUGAUGCUCGGGAUGCCUUGGUCAAUGCAGUGAUAGAUUCUUUAGCUGCUUAUCGCACAUCCGUGCUGAGCAUCCAACAGCCUGGGCUCACAGCUCCCUACUCACUGCGGCUCUUCCCGCUUUAUAUAUUGGCACUCUUAAAACAGAAAGCAUUUCAAACUGGGACAAACACACGUUUGGAUGAACGCAUCUUUACCAUGUGUCAGGUGAAAAACCAGCCCCUUGUUUACCUCAUGCUCAUGACACAUCCCAGUCUGUACAAAGUCGAUAAUCUCACAGAUGAGGGGGCUCUUAACAUAAAUGACAGAACUAUACCUCAGCCACCCCUUCUCCAGCUGUCAGUGGAGAAGCUGAGUAGGGAUGGUGCUUAUCUUAUGGAUGCUGGCUCUGUGAUGUUUCUGUGGAUCGGGAAGAACUGUGGGCAGGGCUUUAUCAGCCAAGUCCUUGGAGUUCCAAAUUAUGGCUCAAUACCACAGAAUAUGACACAUCUCCCAGAACUUGAAACUGCAGAAUCAAUCAGAAUACGAGCUUUCAUUUCUUGGCUGAGAGAACAGAGACCUUUCUUUCCUAUACUAUAUAUAAUAAAGGAUGAGAGUCCACUGAAAUCAAGUUUUCUGCAAAAUAUGAUUGAAGACAGAACAGAAUCAGCCUUAUCAUACUAUGAAUUCCUCCUUCAUAUACAGCAGCAAGUGAAUAAAUGAAAUGCAAGCCUUUGGGCUUACUUCUUUAAGGAAAGAUUUUGCAGUAAAGAAUGAUUGUGCUUAUAAUAUCUUCAUUAAUUCUGUGGCCUGAGGCAGUUGAUGAGAAGUUCUCACUGUGAUUUCAACGAACUAAAGCAAAUAAAGGACCACAUUUGAGAAUCAAAUGUGCAACUACAUAUUGUACCUUAAAACAAAUUCAAACUGUUGGAACUGGUUGAGCACCUUUAAUUUGCUGCAAAUCGUGUUUUUACUGUAAGUAGUUGCAGCAUGAAGUACAUUUACAAAGGCAAUACUGAAAAGAUGAAAUACAUUUUGUAAAAUAAAGAGUUCUUUGUUGUUCAAAAUGUA